AUGGUGUGCAAGUCUUGUUGUAAAGAAGAGAAGAAGAAGAAAUAUAAGAGAGGCCUUUGGUCUCCUGAAGAGGACAGUAAAUUAAGAAGCUAUGUUCUCAGAUACGGCCAUGGACAUUGGAAUCAAGUUCCUCAGCUAGCUGGCCUACAACAAAGGUGUGGAAAAAGUUGCAGGCUCAGGUGGAUCAAUUACUUGAGGCCAGGGCUCAAACGUGGGAGCUUUUCCCUGAAAGAACAAAUGAUUAUCAUCAAUACACGUGAAAUUAUAGGGAACAGGUGGUCUGAGAUUGCUUCGAUGCUUCCUGGGCGAACUGAUAAUGAGAUAAAGAAUUUCUGGCAUACCCAUUUGAAGAAGAAGCUCAAAAUGAACAUUUUGUGUAGUGAUGGCAAUGCCCACAAAACAAAUCGCGAGGAAACCGUGGUGUGUAGCAGCACAAGCACAACUAUGGAAGCAAAUGACCUGCAAAUGGGUUUUUUUUAUUCAAAAGAGGAGUUUGAUUUGCAAAGUUCAACAUUUAGAUUUCCUGUAAGUCUUCCAAUGCCAUUAUCUACUGAGUGUUCAACGAUGAACUCAAAUAUUGGGUUUGAAGAUGUCAAGCCCAAUCAUGUGUCCAAAAUUGUCCCAGAAGAUAGCUCUUUGCUGGAUGUUUUGUUUUCUCAAUGGUUUUACUCGGACCAGAAGGAAACUCCCACCAUUAACAUGGCUUCCAAAAGUUUGGAAAUUCCUGAAGAGUGCCCACAAUCGACAACUGACUCAGAAAAUUCCAGCUGCAUAAGUUACCAGUCAGAAUUGUUUGCAAUGUCAGAGGAGUGCCCACUUUCAAAAGAAAUGAAGCACAUUACAAAUUCAGAAUUCACCCCAGGACUACAUGGGCCAAGUGCGAACUUGCCUCCUUUUGAUAGCUCUCUGCCAUGUCAUGAAACUAUUCUCUGCAACAACAUCUCAACAACCUUGGAAAACACAACUAGUAUGAACAUUACAGAAUAUUGGGAUAUCAUGGGCUACAAUGAGGUCGAUUUGGGGAUGCAAUGUGACUCGAAUUUGCUUGAGAUCUGUUCUCUGUUGGAUUUGGAUUUUAGCUGA